CAACUCCCCACAUUGAGAGACACAAAACAUCCCGGAGCACCACUGUCUCAGAAAGGACUGCCAUAGAACAAAAACAACACAAGCAAAAGAGAAGAACAAUCCAAUUACAUCAUCAAGUUUUGAAUCUAGUUUUACUGUUGUUGAAACUUAUUAAAGUUUUGGAUGCAUAUCAAUUAAUGUUUAUGAUGAAAUACUAAUAUGUAGAAGAGUAAAUGCAUCAACGAUGAGAAGCAGGGGGCUUUCGUCUUCUUCGCCGUCUUCUUCACCGUUGUACCAGACCGGAAACCCGGUCGACGACUGCUGGGGAGCUUCCGACAUGAGCUGGCAGAACGACCGGCAGAAGCUGGCGGAGUGCGGCAUUGGGUUCGGGAAAAAUGCGGCGGGCGGGGAAGGCGGACAGAUCUAUGUGGUCGAAGACUCGUCGGACGACUCCGACCCCGGAAAUCCAAAACCGGGCACUCUCCGGUACGGGGUGACUCGACAGGAAAAACUCUGGAUCACAUUCUCGGCCGACAUGAAAAUCGAGCUCCGGCACGAGCUCUUCGUCAACAGUUACAAGACCAUCGACGGCCGCGGCGCGAACGUGCACAUCACCGGCGUGGGCUGCAUCACACUCCUCUCUGUCACCAACGUCAUCAUCCACAACCUCCUCAUCUACUACUGCAAGCCCUCGCCGGAAAACGACAGGGUGCAGGUGAGCCAGCAGUUGACGGAGAAGGUGUCCUCGUCGGACGGCGACGGAAUAUCCGUACACAUGUCGAGCAUGGUGUGGAUCGACCACUGCACCCUGAUUCAUUGCGAGGACGGGCUGAUCGACGUCACGCAGGGCUCCACCGCCGUCACCAUCUCCAACAACCUUUUCCUCCGCCACGACAAGGUCAUGCUGCUCGGUCACAGUGACGACGACAAUGAUGACGCCCAUAUGCAGGUUCGGGGAAGGCCUAACCCAGAGGAUGCCGAGGUGCAGGAAAGGGUACUUCCACGUGUUCAACAACCACUACACCAGUUGGGGAAUGUACGCCAUCGGCGGCAGCGCCAACCCCACCAUCAACUCCCAGGGCAACCAUUUCACGCCGCCGGCGAACCCUCAUGCUCUGGAGGUGACCAAACGAACAGAAACCUCAGGCGAGGGCGAAUGGUCAAGCUGGAAUUGGAGGUCAACGGAUGAUGUGUUCGAGAAUGGGGCAUUCUUUACACCCUCUGGCGACCAAUCCGACAGCGCAUACCAAAAAGCGACCAGCUCGGCCGACGUCAAGUCCGGCGGUAUGACGAAGCAGUUGACAAGCAACGUCGGUAUGCUCAUUCUCACUCCAAAUGGGCUCGCCGCCGCCGGAAAUGGGGUGUUGAACACCGUCCCCGGCGUUAAGGAAUGGAACUUCGGCAACAUUUUUGACCAAGGCGGGGGGGCUCCAUUACAAUCAACCAUCUCCCCUCAAACUGCUUUUAAAAUAGCGGUUGCUAUUAUUAUUCUUGUUAUUCUGGUUUCUGUUAUCAAACGUUUUCGUAAAAAAACUAACGGAAAAUAAUACGUAGUAUUUCAGAAGUAAUUGUUAAAAUGAAAUAAUCUCAAUAGUAAUAUGUGAAUUUAUAUUGUAUUCGUUCUUAGCAAUAUUGCUAUCCACAAAUGGUGUCAAACC